UAAUAGUAAAUAAAUAAAAAUAAAGUGUUUUCCGCUUUUUGGCUUCGGGGUCGGGUUCCAAUGGGGUUUUCGCUUUACUUUCUCCUUCUGGGUUUAGACUUCAGAGUAUUGCUAAAUUGGACAGAAAAAUAAUGUGGAAGCUGAACCAGCUCAUAGCUGGGGACGAUGAAGAGAAAGGAGAGAGCUUUUUGGAUGAUGAAUCAGAGGGCCUUUGUUCUCUUUCUCCUACACAGAGAAUGUAUGCAUUUGCCGCGUGUUUGGUCACUGGUCUGGCUUGUAUGUUUCUGUCAUUGAUUGUCUUUGCCAAGCCCAUCAAAUUUGCAUUAUUAUUCACCUUUGGCAAUGUGUUGGCAGUAGGAAGCACAGCCUUCCUCAUCGGUCCUGUGCAGCAGCUGAGUAUGAUGUUUGAUUCUGGACGCGUUUAUGCAACAUCAAUUUACAUUGGAUUUGUUGUUAUAUCUCUUAUUUGUGCUCUAUGGAUCCAUAGCAAGAUUUUAACAGUAAUUGCAAUAAUCUGUGAGAUUUGUGCCCUUAUUUGGUAUAGUCUGAGUUAUAUUCCUUUCGCACGGAGUAUGGUGUCUAAUCUGAUGGUCCGAUUUUGUGACACUGAGUUGUAGACCACGCAUUUUUGUGGAUAUUGAUUGGUCGGAGGCUCAUAGAUUUCUGGCUUUGUCUUCCUGGAUUUUCCUUCUCUUUCCAAAUUUCCGUUGACUUAUUCUUUUUUGCUUUUCUAAUUUACAUGAAAGCAGCUUGUAAACUUCCCAAUUGUUAAAAGACAGUGUAUGGAUUGUUAAAUUGGGAGUGCAAAAUGCAAAUGAAAUAUAAUAAAAGCACCACUUUUUUUUUUUUUA